AUGCGAGAUUAUUGCGACGCGGAGAAAGUUGGAGUAAAUGAGUCAUUCGAUCCAACGAUUCUCGUACACUCAUCCCUUCGGUCCGUCGGCUUCAUUCCUGGAUUUGCUCCCUCAUUCAUCCAGUCUCUUCUCUCUGCCCUUGGUCCCUCUGGCACCAUAGUUGUCCCAACUCACACAGGCGACAACUCGGAUCCAGCCGCAUGGCAGGCUCCCCCAGUACCUGAAUCAUGGUGGCAACCAAUUAGAGACUCUAUACCAGCUUUCGACCCAGCUACUACUAUCACUAGAGUCGUGGGUAUAGUUCCUGAGACGCUGCGAACAUGGCCCGGUGCCCUGCGUUCAGCCCAUCCACAGACAUCCUUUGCGGCAUUGGGUCCGCAAGCAAAGCACAUAACAGAGGGGCAUGCAUCAGAUUGUCGCUUGGGUGAAUCAAGUCCACUAGCCAAACUUGAAGCUGUGGAUGCCUGGGUAUUGCUUCUAGGGGUUGGGUGGGACAAAUGCACAGCUUUCCAUCUCGCCGAAUAUCGAUUCCAGAGUCCUCGCUUGGAGGACAACUCGUUUGCCAUAAACAUAGACGAUCAGCGACAGUGGAUCACGGUGAAAGACGUGGCUAUUACUGAUGAAGACUUUGAGCGACUCGGGGCUGAUUUCGAGAGAGAUUGCAAGGUCGUCCGCGGAACUGUUGGGGCCGCUGAAUGCCGGUUAUUUCCUUUGCGAGAGGCGGUUGCGUAUGCGACAUCGUGGAUGAAUAAGAACAGAGCCAAGACCGAGUGA